AUUAUUUCCUAAAAAUAGAACGGCAGAAAUUCAAAUGUCCCAACAAAUAAGCUUUCAUUUUCAAAGGAAUCCAACGGCUUAAUCGGCGCUGGAUGGCUGUAGGCUGAUGCAUUCAGUUUUAUGAAGUUCAGCUUGCUUCGUUUUCUUCCCUUGCUGUCCUGUCUUUACCUCCCUAUCUGUUAAAUUCACAACAUCUGCUAACACUCCACUGUUUCUCAACUCCCUUUCUCUCUCAAUUCUGAACUUUGCCUUCCUUUGAGGAAAUGGCAGCAACAGUGAAGUGCAGGCCACAGGAAAGGACACUAGGGAUGGUGAUGAAAGAGGUGGAUGAGGAUCUUGCUAUUUUUCUUGGCAUGAGGCGUAGUGCUAAAGAGAGGGAGGAUGAUCUUCAUUCUUCUCCCAUCUUUGACUACAUCAAUGAUUCACUGUUUGAGGAAACGCCCGCUGAUGAUAGAACAGCAAAGGAAUUUUCCACGAGUUCUGCGAAUGACACAAGUGAAUAUAAUGAAUGGCUUCUUUCACUUUCAUCAUACCCCUCCAUCAAUGAUGAGGAAGAGAAUGAUGCCGUUGAUUGGACCGGAAAACGUUCAGAUUUAGCUGAGUUAGAUUUGAUGGCAACUAAUGAUAGUAAUUCCCCAAAGGAUGAAGAAACUUCGCAAAAUGAGUUGUUGGUACACUCAUCGUCAACAACUUCUGGCAAAAGCAUUUCUUCUUCAAACAGCAAAAACUCUUCUUCUGCUGGAAAUUCCACAACUUCAUCAUCUUCUGGGAGGAGCAGAAGAAAACCCAAUGCUGCAACCCCCAAAGCUGGACGAUCUCUACCACUUUCCUUGUCCAAAUCCUCAAGACCUUCCACACCUACUUCAAGAUCAUCCCUACCUUCUGCUCCUCCUCUAGUAACUACUACUAGUUCACGUUCUUCCGUCACUUCAUCCAGAUCAGGUUCAAGGUCUGCAACACCAACCAGUAGGACAACAUGCGUGGUGAAGCCAGGUCUUGCGUCGUGGAAGAAAUCUGCAGCUUCUGCCACUCUAGUAAGUCCAAGUGCGCCGCCACCUUCCACUGCUGGUGGUGGAAAAUCAAGGCAUAGUAGAUCUUGUUCACCUUCUAGAGCUCAAACCCAAAACAACACCCAUGCUCAUAGCCAAAAUAAGAGGGCUUCACUUUCAAGGAGCAGGGGGUCGUGGUAUACCAAGGAUGAAGAUGCUGUGAUGAUGAACCCUGUACAGGUAGGAACAAAGAUGGUUGAAAGGGUAGUGAACAUGAGAAAACUAGCUCCUCCUAAACAUGCAGAUGAUCCCUCCAAGAAGUCAUCUCUAUCUCAUAGAGGCUCAAGCUUUGGAACUUCCUUCUCUAAAAUGUCUCUGGAUAUGGCUAUACGACAUAUGGUAAUUAAAUAAAACCUCGAACUGACUGCAGUGAGAGAUCAAUAACACAAGCACACGAUCUUCCAUGGCCAUCAGAAAGUGGCUUGUGGAAAUUGCUAAUAGAGCCAUUAUAUACUUAAUAUCGCAGUAAGUUAUGUCUUAUCAGCGUAUUGCCCUCGGAUUUUGUUUUUUCAAAAAAUCCAGUCAUUACAUUCUUGAUACUCUUUUGUGUGUUGCUUUACAUGUAGCAAGGAUUUGAUCCAGCUUUGUUUUUAUAAGAUGCUGCCUCAAAAUUUUGAGAUUAUUAUAAACUUUGAUUAUUCAUGGUGUCAUCUUGAUUCAUGACAUCAUUCAAGUUUUAGUCAUGCACAUAUUCA